AUGUCAGAGACGACAGCGCCCAGCGCAACAGAUCAGUCAUCAGCAGCCCAAGAUGACCUGAAGAUAUGGAGUUGCGUAAACUGUCGCCGCCGCAAACUUCGAUGUGAGCGUCGCGAGCCCUGCUCCAACUGCGUCCGCAGCAAGAUUGAGUGCCACUUCCCCGUCACCGGCCGCAUCCCCCGCCGCAGUCGGGACGCUACCUCGUCCAAGAAUCCCGCCCAGAAGCAGGCGGAGCUCAUGGGUCGUCUGAGACGACUCGAGGCGGUCGUCACCGAGAUGGCGGGGCAGAUGGAAGAUGGGGCGGACGAGGCGGACGCAGGCACACCCAAUACGCAGGGGAGAAGUGAUGCUUCGGCGUCUUGGCAGAAACACAAUGACCCAACCGAGGACUUUGGCAACCUCGUCACGGAGUCGAACGGGGGCCUGCGUGUAGCAAAGGGGUUCUGGUCCAUCUUCUGCACGGAGGUGGACAACAUAUUCCAAGCCGUUGCCGACGUCGAAGAGGCAGCUGAGGAGCACGCAGAUGUGCCUGAAGCUGAUUGCCACGUAGACGGGGCCGUACGGAGUCAUCAUCAGGGGUUCGUGUUGGGCAGCAAUGUCUUUGCCAAUACCAGCGUCGAGGACGACCUUUCACCCUUGCCCUCACAAAUGCUCUUCAUUUGGCAAGUCUUCUGCGACAAUGUUGACCCCUUUGUUAAGAUUCUCGACCACGCCGCCACAACCAAGACGGUGCAAGGGAUCAAGGGGAAGCUGCACGCGCUGGACCCAGAGACCGAGGCGCUGAUGUUUGCCGUCUCUCUGGCCGCCAUUGUGUCGCUGGACGAGGAGGAGGCCGCGCUCAACUUUGGCGUCUCCAAGCCGCGAUUGCUGGCGCGCCUCCGACUGGGUGCUGAAAAGGCCCUCGCGUCGGCCAAGUUUAUGACUACGGGGUCUAUAGCUGUCGUCCAAGCCUUUGUGAUCUAUGUCACGAUCCUGCCGCAGCUGGGGGCCGCGAAGCUGGCGGGGCCCAUGACGAGUAUUCUUGUCCGGAGGGCCAUAUCAAUGGGUCUGCACAGAGAUCCGGCCGCUGACGCAGAGAGGCGUGUUGCAACCGUAUCGGCGGACCAUGAGACGCGACGGCGGCUGUGGUGGCAUGUCUGCGUCCUUGACUCGAGGGUUCGAUACAAGGACGUCCCAGAGCUGUCUGUUUCUCCGUCAACAGGCACAACACGAGAACCCUGCAGUGGUGAAGUAAACGAGCCGAGCCGUGGCGCCGGAUUCACUCAUGUCACAGUCUGCCUCAUCCGCUGCGAGCUGUGGCGGUUAUCGCAUACCCUGAGAAACGCGGCUCAGGACAGCGGCGAUAGCCAGCAACAGCUUCUCCCAGACGCUCGCGCACGGAUAUGCGAGACGUACUUUGCGGAGAAGAGUGGCGAGCACUCGAAACUCCAAGAGUUUGUGUAUCAUCUGGUCUUGCUGUUCUUUUCACAAGUCCAAUUCGCCAUGUGCCGGCGGCAGAUGCGGCUGGCGCAAGGGGGGAAUCAAGAGGACCUCCUUGCCCAAGCACUCGACUGUGCAGCGACACUGAUGGACACGACCAUGGCACUCAAGACGUGCGAUGAGUGGAAAUGCUGGCGCUGGCAGCUGCAAGGGCAUGUGCCCUGGUCGGCCAUGCUCUUCACGUUGCAAGCCCUGCGCCGCGGUAGGCCCUGGAAUCAUGAGUCGAAACGAGCCUGGGCUUCACUGCAGCAGAUUGCAGACACCCUGGGGCCCGAUGAGGAGGAACUACCCAUUUGUCAAAACGUCAAAAGACACAUUGAAGAUCUCAGGAACUCAGAUCAACAUGCCGCUCAUAGACAAUCCGGUGUGAGCGAGACACAGCCUAGUCAGAACAGUGAGAGGGAUGGUGGCCAUCUUAUGCCAGGUGAGGCUCUGGUUGAUUCCAAGAACGCGUCGAGCCUGGAUGAUGGAGCUGCUUCAUUCAUUCCCAGCCUGACGAACGACACUCCAGGGACAAAUAGUGCGCGUGGCGCGUCUGGUUCAAGGCUGCAAAUGUCGUGGGAGGCAUUUGACUUCGGGGCCGACUCCGUGUUCAACUGGGACCCUUUGCUGGAGAUGGACGACGCGAUGGACUGGCAGUGGAUGGACGCAGGCUCGGACCUGUCUUUCGCGGACUGGAACACACUCUUGAGGUUGAAGACUGAAGACAGAAUCGUUUGA